UAAAAAUUAUCAAACGCAAACACUUGGCCGAUAUUUCCAGAGAAAAAGUAGCGCUGUCACUUUAAGGAACAUCAUCGGAGUAUGGAAGAUGAAUCAAGAAAUAGUAUUGCUACAAUGCCCGUGUUGAUGAAGCAAGGAGCAGAAGCCAAAUUAUAUAAAUCAACAUUUUAUGGAAACCCCUGUAUUAUCAAGGAAAGGUUUACAAAAUGUUACCGCCAUCCUUCACUAGACAAGUCUUUGACAGCCCAUCGAAUUAAAUCAGAAGUACGAGCACUGUUGAGAUGUCGAAUGAAUGGCAUUUGCACACCAACUGUUUAUUUUACAAACAUGGAAAAUUCCAGUAUUUACAUGGAAGAAAUUGAAGAUGCACAAACUGUUAGAGAGUAUAUUCAACAUGUUCAAGCUAAUGAAAACAGUGAAACCGCAAAUAAUAUCCUUAAACCUUUAGGAGUGAAAGUUGGAGAAAUUUUAGGAAUAAUGCAUUCAAAUAACAUUGUACAUGGUGACUUGACAACCUCAAACAUGCUUCUAAGAGGAAACCCUGCUGGAUUAGAUGUUGUUAUCAUAGAUUUUGGUCUCAGCCAUUUUGAAAAUUUUGCUGAGGAGAAAGGAGUAGAUUUAUAUGUACUAGAAAGAGCCAUUUCAAGUACGCAUCCAAAUACAGAAGAUUUUUUUCAGACAAUUCUUGACACAUACAAAAAAUACAACUUAAAAAGUUCAACUGAAGUUGUUGCCAAAUUAGAUGAAGUUAGACUUCGUGGAAGGAAAAGAACAAUGGUUGGAUAAAUAAAGCUACAAUUUAUUUCUG